AUGAGAUAAUUCAUUUUACUCUUUCUUACUAUAUGUAAGAUUCUUGAAGAUAUCUCCAUAGUUAUAGCAUAAGAGAGCAUUACAAUAGAGCCUAUAUUCAUAAAGAAUACUAAUACAGAAUAUGGAUAGGCUACAUUCUAUUAACUCAAAUUUUUUUAUGGAAAAAGUAUAGUUGAUGGAAAUGCUAACAUAAUAGUUUCUUUCCCUCAUUAAAUAGAAUUACAGUAUUUUCCUCAAUAUAUUGAGUGUUAUUACAAAGUAGAUACGACUGAGCAUUAAACUGUACCUUGUGAGUAUAAUAAAGAGCGUCAAGUUUACAUCAAUGUAAAAAGUAUAAUUUCAGGGGAGUAAAGCAUAGCUAUAGGUCCUAUCUUAAAUCCAAAUAAUGUGCCUGGUACUUCCUUUUUCAAGCUCUGUAUUCUAUAUAAUGACUAUCCAACAGAGUGUAAUGACUCCUUUGGAAAAGUAUACUUUGGCAGAUAACCAGCUCUUAUGCCUUUUGCAGAUGUUUAGUAUAAAAGUUCUCUUUAAGUCAAUGAAGGAAGUUCUUGGAUCUUUGAUUUUAAAUUAUUAGGUAUUUAUGAAAAUAAUUUAUUUAGCAUCAGAAUAACAUUUCCUGAGGGAUUUAAGACUAAAUCUGCUUUAUGUGAUAUCUAGGGUAGUCAAACAAAACCAUAGACUAUUAUCCUCUUCAAUUAAAGAAUGAUUGAGUGCUAAAAUAUUGCAAAAUAACUUAAAGGAAGUCUAUAAAUUAGAAUAAUUAACAUGAUAAAUCCUAAUAGUAUUGGAGACUUAAAGAAUUUCUAAAUUGAACUUUUAUAACAAUCUAAUGGUUUAAUCUUUGAAAGAAUAAUCUUUAAUCCUAAAUUGGAUAUUUUGUUAAAUGUAGGAAAUAUGAAAGCUAAUCUAAUUUAAGAGAACAACUUCAAGUUUUCAAAUAGUACUCUCACUUUCUAAAUUAAUCCAACAAAUAAAUUAGGAGAAGGUGGUACUCUUCAAAUUAUAUUUGGCUAAUAAUGGAAAUUAUGGGCUCUUAAUUGUACUAUUGUUAAAGGAUUUUCCAGAUAUUCUGGAAAAUUUCCAAAUUGUUUCUUAAAUUCAAAUGAUAAUAGCUAUAAAAUACAAAACUUUAAAGAGAUUGAUUUCACUCAAUAAAUAGUAGUCAAAAUAAUUGCUUAGUCUCCAAAAUCAGAAGGAAAUUUCCCUAUUAUUGUACAAACACUUAAUUUAAGAUAGAAAAUUGUUGAUUAGUCAACAGUUACAGCUCUCACAAACUCUACUUUUGGGAGUCUCAAAAGGUUUACUGCUAGUGCUGUAAGAAAUUAAAUCAAAUUACAGGCAGGAAAAGCAGGCCCUUUAGAAUCAACCUUUUUUUUAAAGCAUAAUCUUCCAGCUACAAAUUACAAAUCUGUUGGAAAGGUUGUAAUUGAUAUUUUUCCAAAAAUACCUAAACCAUCUACAGACUAUGGAAUAAUUAAAUGCUAUUUCUAUGGAAAUAUUUUAGCUUCUAGCUGUGAUUUUAAUGACAAAACAUAUGCAGAUCGCACAAAAAUAACUAUUUAUACUCCUGAAAAUUAUGAUUUUCAAGAAAGUGAGAUACCCAUUACUGUUACAACAGAAGGAUCCAAACCAGGCUAUAAUGAUGGAAUUUUGUUAGAUCCUCUUGUAAAAAGAUAUCUAUUUCACUACCAUUUCUAUGAUAAUGAUUUACCAGCUUCUGAACCUACUGAGGUGUAUUACUAAGAAUGGGUUCCAGAUUCUUUUGAAAUACCUGAUAUCGACUUCAAAUAUAAUGUCCUCAUAAGAGAAAAAAAUGAAUAUACUCAUAUGCGUUUUGAAAUGAAGUAACAAAUAACUUUACCUUACGGAGAUAGAAAUUACUUAUUUAGAGUUACAUUUAUAAAAGAUAUUAUAAAUGUAUGGUAAAUAGGAUAACCUUAUGAGAAUAACUAUGCGAUUAUUGAAGACUUUCCUUGUUAUUUAUAUGGAAGCACAACAGUUGCAAAUCCUUUCUCGAAAUGUGAUUUAUACCAAUAGAGUUUUAGAGAUCCUUUCAUUCAAGCUUAUGGAUUUGAAACUCUAAAAAUUUAAAAAGGUAAUUGGAUAAUUUUAGAAAUUCCUUAAAUCCUAAUAGCAAAUGUACCAACUGGCUCAAAAGGAACCCUAAGGUUUUCAUUAAUGGAGGAAACACCAGGUAUGAUUAAUCCUGAAGUUGAGUUAUACUAUAAAUAAAUAUCUGUAGAAAUAUUAGAAUAGUCUUUUAUAAAUUAUUCAUUUAACCCUAACAUAGCCACCACGCUUAUACCACCUAUUGUUAAUCAACAAACAGAUCUAAGAUUCUAAUGGAGCGCAGCUGUUUAUGACCCUUAAUAUUUAAUUUAUGAAAUAGAUUUAGUAGGUUAUUAUGAUAUAGGUAGAGGAAUAAUUCAAUCCACUAACUGUGAUGGUAAUUAGUGUAUUAAAUUUUAAAAGCCAGUCCAUUGGAUUGUAAUUUAUCCUAAUACUCCUCUUAAUUAGCAAAUAAUUACAAAUAUUUUAGGAGUAUUUUAAAAUCCAAAUUAUGCAGAUUAAUUCAUUUUUAAGGUCAGAGCCAUGAAAAAUGGUGUAGUUGUGAAUAAGCAUACGUUUAAUGUAAAAGUAGGCUCAGCAGAUAUAUUAAAUAAAAUAUUCGAUAUCUGCAACCCUAAUCAUGUCAUUAAUUCUAUAAACGGCUUGAUCAGAAAAAAUGAAGAGCAUGAAUUCUAUAUAAAAUUCAAUACAAGAACUUCCAUGCCUAGAAACUCUCUGAUACGAUUUAGUUUUAGAAAUAUUUAAACUUAAACUCAAACUGAUCGCCAUAUUAAUUUUUGUAGAAUCGUCAGUGGCUUAGUACCUUACGACAAGACACCUAUUUAGUGCAAAGCAGUAAGUACAAGUAUAAUUGAAAUUUCUCAUUUUGAAUAGGUUUUACAAAAUGUACCAAUAGAAAUUCACAUUCGACUUCUUAUUGAUGGUUCUGCAACAAUAAACCCAUCUGUAGAUAUUGAAACUUUUUAUGGGCCUAAAAAUGAAAAGCUGAUUGAUAGUACCUAUUCAAUCUCAUCUAAUACACCAAAUAUUUCUACAAAUAAUGUGGACUCAGAAGUAAAAUUUAAAGUAUUAGAUGAAGCUGUAAGAUCAGAAAAAAGAGAAAAAGGUUAUAUAGGACCAGUAAUUUUUGAUUUCACACCAAAUAUAAUUACAAAUAUUAAAUAUAUUAAGAUUAAGUUCGAUGCUAGCUUCUCUACCCCAAGAAAUUAUGGAACAGACUCUCUGAUUUGCUUAGUGAAUGAAGUGAGGUUUGAAUGUGUUUAUUCAAUUAAUCCUCUUUACGUUUUAGUAGAUAUUACUUCUAAUGCAUUAUAAGCUUCUUCUGCUUAUAGAUUAUCAAUAUCUACUGAAUAUGUUUCUCCUUUAGAUGGGUUAGUUCAUCCUAAAACUGAAGGCUUCUAUCCUAUUCAUUUUUAACUAUUGGACAUUAAUGGCUUUACAAACUAAGCUACUAGAUGGAUAUUUAUAAAAGCAGCUAAAUUAUAAUUCAUAUAUAUAGAGAGUGUAAUAAGAAAUUAAAAGAGAGCUAACAUGUUUUAUGUAAACUUUAAAACUACUUUGCCAGUUUAAAAACACAGCUCUGGAGGUAGAAUUCAUAUAGAAUUUCCUACUUUAGACCCUAUGGGUAAUCCUUUGUUUGAUUUGGAUUUGGGAGGUUACUAAUAAAGUGGUGAUGAAGUAGGUUGUAGAUUUAUCAAGUAAGGUGUAACAGCUGGAGAUAUAGGAGAUAUUAAUGAUAAUAGAUGCCGUCUUAUAAAAAGUUAGAGAAGAGGCAAUCCAGCUGUUGUAGAAAUUAUAAAUUUUCCCUCACUACCUGCUGGAACUGAGAUUUAAAUGUGGAUAGCUAAAGUUUUCAAUCCACCAAACUUCAAUUAUCCUAGCUAACCUACUCUUUAAGUUAUGGAUGCUAAUAUAUCUAUUAAUAUUUUUGAAUAAAAUCCAUUGACAGGGGAUUUGAAAUACAUUCAUUAUGAUACAUAUAAUGUUUUUAUGGAUAUUAGGGAUGAUCCAACUCUCCAUGAUGCCACUCAUCCUUUUAGUUCUUAAAAAGUUAAUCAGGUUUGGGAAACUGGAUCUUAAGUAAAUAGUAAAUUAAAAUCUAUGGUAAAUUAAGUAUGGUAUGAUAUUUCUCCGUUUGCUUCAGGAGAUUUCUAUAUCGUAGAAUUACCAAAUAAUUUCCCAGAUACUCUAAAACCUGAUUGGAAAAUGGCUACUUGCCUAACAUUCUACGACUGGUGUUUAACUUUCCCAUAAAUCAAUUGGGUAGUUAUGCACAUAAAUACCAAUCUAGUUGCUAAUGUAAUGUAUGCUAGCAAUGAUGUUUUAAUUUAAGUUUUACCUUAAAGUGUACCUUAGAUAACUACCACUUAUUAAUCUUAUGUUUGGUAAGGAAGGUUCUUCAGAGGAUAUGUUAUUCAUUAAGUUACUCCUUAAUAAUGGCUACAAUUAGUUGGUACUAUUAGAAAUUAUGGAUUGACUUAACUAGAUUCUCCAAAUAAGUUAGUUAAGGGAAGAACAAGAGUUGAAGUCAAUUUUAAUUUCACAAAUUCUAACUUUAUUCCUUACUAUGGGGCAAUAUAGAUUAGAUUUCCAUCAAGGAUAGCUUCUAUUUAAUCACACUGCAGGAGCUCCAUAACUGUUGGAUCUGGAUUAUAAUCAAAAGUAGGCCCAUUUGGUAAUGUUGGGUGCUUAGUUCAAGAUUAGAAUACAUGGGUUAUCUAUGGAUUCAGUGAUAUAAAUCCUCUAACUAAUAUUAAAAUUUAAGGAGUAAUUGAUUUACCUAACGACGGGAAUGCAGGGUAUAUAGGAGAAUUAGAUGUUAUAACUUAUGGGAGCCAUGAAUAUGAUAAUAUUUUUAAUAAAGGCAGAAUUAUUGAUAAGAGUUUAACACUUUCAAAAAGUGGAUUUACUAUUGACAACUUUUAAACAAAACAAAUUGAAGAUAUUGAUCUUUUACAUAUUGAAACCAAAACAUUAAGAAAUGCAAAUAGGACGCCUUUAACUUUUAAAUUUAAAAUUGGAUACAACAUAUUUGCAAAUAGAGGUAGAAUUAGAUUGAUGUUUUAUCAGUAUUCUUAAUUAUCCUUUAAUGAUUAUAUUGGAAAUUCUUUUUAGUAUUUCCCUACAAGUUAGUAUGUCUGCAAUAUUCAAGUUGCUAAUACUAAAGAAAAUUACGGUUGUAAAAUCGAGCUAAUUACAUUAUAAAAUUAAGGAUAUAAUUAAAUAUACUAUCUCUUUUAGAUGAUUCCUAAUAGUGAUUUACUGUCAAAUGUAGAUUAUUUAUUUACUUUAACCACAAUUGAUGGAGAUGGCUAGGAUGAAGGACUAACUUUUCCAAAUUCAGGUUUACCUUACAAAAUUGAUGUUUCUAUGUCAAUUUAAGAACCAAAAGGUGAUAGUGAUUACACUCUUCAUUAGCAUUUAUAUUACCAAGUCUAUGGGUAGUCAUUUGCAUAUUUAAAAUUUACAAGUUACGUAACAUUAAAGAAUGAGAUGAAUUUAUUUAUUAUAGAAUUUCAACCUGGAUAAACUAUAAGAAAUGAUGAUACUUUAGUGAUAGAAAUUCCAACAGCUUCUAUAGAUUUGCAAGAUAACUUGUUUGCAGAUGAUGGAGGUUUGUCUUUAAAUAAUCAAGAUAUAGUCGUAAAUGAUAUAAUUGAUAUGUCUCCAACAUAUCCAAACCCUACUAUGGAAUGCAGAAUUUCGAGAGGUUUUUAGAUUAAAGGACUUCCUAUUAAGUUCCUUUGCAGCAACUUUAAAUCUUCAGGUAUUUUAAAAGAUAUUGGAGAUAAUGACAGAAUGAAAGUUGCUUUUAACAUUUAAAAUCCUGAUGUUACUGUCAAUCAUUAUUCAAUCCCAGCAUAAGUGUAUGUUCAAAGAAAUUACAAAAAUGCCAAUGAGAAAAUUCUUUAUGACUUUGUUGAGAAUGCUUUUUAUAUCCAUUUUUGGAGUCCAUAGAUAAUUUCUUUGGUUAAUGGUGAUUUUAAUGUUGGUUCUACUACAUAAACUGUUUGCAAUACCCUUACAGAUUUUAAAUUUAGAGUGAGAAAUAGCUAGAAUUUGGUGGGUAAAAAUGAGGAUGCUUAUAUUUUAAGAUUUAAUUUCGAGUUAAGAGAUGAUGAAUAUCUUCACAAAAAAAAUUGUGCUUACAUUAUUACAGGAAAUCCUCCUCAUAACUGUGCUACUUUGCCAAAUCUAAGAGCUUUUAUAGCAUGGCCUCAUACUACUUAAGAUUUAGUAGCUCCUAUAUAAAUUUAAACAACAGGAAAUAAGUGGUUAACAAGUUUCUAUAGAGAAUAAAAUGAUAUUAAGAGGUAAAUAGUAGGUUAUGCUUGUUAUGUUAAAGAACUUUGGAGUGAAAAAGUAAUAUACUAAGAUUUAUACCCAGAUCUACAACCUAAUAGAGUUGAAACUGUUUAUUUUGAUCUUAGAUUUAAAAAUAUAGAUUACCAUUUCGCAAAUGAAAAAAUGGAUUUUAUUAUGGAGGUUACUGCUCCUUAUUGGUAUUACACGGAAAGAGUAGUUAUAACAUUCCCUAUUAAUAUUGGAUGGGCAUUAGUAGGUGAUAUGUGCUUAGAAAGCCCUGGUUCUAAUAUAGAAGUGACUAAAUGCUGGUUUGUUAAUAAUUCAGGUCAAAUUUAAGCUUGGAUUGAUAUAGCUCAAAAAGAUAGUUAUGUAAAUGGAGAUUAAAAUUCUAGAUAAACUCUACUCAUAGAAUCUCAUAUGGAGGCAUUCUAGGUUCCAUCAAAUCAAGUACUUAAUCCUAGUUUUAGUUCAUUUAGUGUAAAGUUCUAUUAAUGGUCAAGACUUCCCUCUAUGCAGCCAAGCCCUUGGCGUAGUGACCCUCCUAUAACUUUAGAUCCUACAACAGAAAAAUAUUCAUGCUUUACCAACAGCGCAACAAUGAGAGCAGGAUAAAACUUUGCUGUAGUGCCAAGCUAAACUUGGGAUGUUAAUUGGUAAAGUGAAUCAACAAUAGAAUUCGAUUAUGAAUAUCACAGGUAUUUAGAUGAAUUUGUACCUUGCUUUAAAACUUAAAGGGCUCCUAUUAAAAUGGACAUAUAUUCACCAACAGCUUUAAGUAGCUUAAAAGGAACAUAAAAUUAUCAUACUUUUGAUUUUUAUUAUGGAAGUGAUGUUAUAAUCCCAACUCCUUUAGAAAUAAAAGAUUAUGUUUAAGAUAAAUUAAUAUGUUGGGUCAAUAAUGAUAGAGUUAAGUGUGAAAAUGAUUAAAAAAAAAAUAAGAUAAGACUUUAUUUCUAAACAUAAAUAGCAGUUAAUGGUUUAAUGUUUAUUUUUAUUACAUCUCAUGAUACUAAUGAUAUAACCAACGAAGGUUUUAGUUAUUAAGGAGAUUAAUACUAAUACAAGUGGCUUUAUGAGAUUUCGUAAUUUGGAGGAUAAACAUAUUAUGGCUAUACAGACCCUUUCCCUAUUAUGUAUAAUACAAAUGGAGGUAUUAAAUGCCCACACAGAGGUAUUGAGGAUGGUGACUUAGCAGAUAGUUCUACUUAAAUAGCAAAUCAUCUUACUGGGUAUUGGUUUUGGUUUAGAUUUGCAAGACCAGAUAUUUUAGGUAUUACUUUUAAUUUUAGACCAAGGGAUUAUGAUAAUAGAGAUCUUUAUAAUCCAAGCUUUUUUAUGGGUUUAGAUAACGGCGCUUAAUAUCCUUGUUCUAGAGGUAUAUCUGGUGGUAAAAGAAAUGAUGUUAGGUGUAUUUAUGAAAAAGGUGAUAAUACAGGAUUUGGUAUUUCUCAUCGUGUACAUGUUUUUGAUUUUAAUUAUCAAGUUGGUACUAAUGAAAUUUUUGGAUUGUUAUUUAAUGGUAUUACAAAUGUGUUUAAGAUAACAGUUGAAGCUUGGGGUGGUAAAGCAACUUUUAAUUAACCUUAUGGAAACUAUUUUAUGGGUUCUUUAAUUUUUGAUGCCUGGUGGGGUCCUUGGAAUGGUGUCUGCAUUACACCAAACAGUUGUAAAGAAUGUGAUAAUACAUAAAAUAAUUGUGACUAUUAAGGUACAGUUUUUGUUAAGCCAGAAAAACCUGCUUUUAUGGAUAAAAAUAUUCUUCAUUUUUAAAACACUUGCUAACCAGGGACAUAAAGCACAGUAUUUGUUGAAAUAGUUUUAUAAAAAAAAAGCUCUUUUGAUUCAAAUUAUGUAGAAGUGUGCUAAGUUGAUCCUUAAAUUCAUGUAAAAGAUAUGUUUAUUUAUGAAAAAUAUGAGUGGGCAGCCAUUCCUGGAUAAAAUGAAUAUGUUAAAAAAGCCUAUUUGUAUUAUGAUUUUAGUGAUGGAAAAGUGAAUGACAUUAAUAUAGGAUAUUUUAAGUGCAAGCACUAUAAUCAAAAUAUUAUAACAUACUAUUAAUGUGGUGACUUAAAGGCUAGUAAUCUAAGACUUCAUAUUAGAUUUGAGACUUAAACUAAUAGAAUUUGCGAAUAAAGAUACGGAGCUACAUUUAAAGAAUGUGAUAAUACAUCAACAAGCACUAAUGAAUUUGUAGCAGAUAAAUACACAAUAAAUGCUAACGAUUUUAAUAAUGACUAUGAUUUCAAAAUUUGGAAGUUUAACGAAGAUACUUGGACAACUCUUGCCGUAAGAUUAUUUGAUGUACAUAAUAAUGCAUUUAAUAAUCCGUACUAUGAUUCUGUUUUAACUUUUAAUUAUGAUUCAUUCUUGAAUACUCCCAAUUUUGGAAUUCCUUCAGAGUGCUAUGUUGUAGAGGGUUUGAGAAUGUCAGAUAGAAGAAAACUAGGAGAAGAACCUUAAUGCUAAGUUUUACCUAAUCCAAAUAAUUCUUCACCUUUAGCAUUUAUAUUUAAAAUAACUAAUUGGGACACUAUUGUUACUAACGAAUAUGUAAGAAUUUUAUUUAGACAUCAUAUUAUGCAAUAUGUGUUGAAUGUAUAUAAUGUCCCUGACUAUUCUCCUUUUGUGAUGAAUUUAUAUGCAAAUAAUGAAGCUUAUGGAGACGGCAAAAAUGGGCAUAUGAACUCAAGAAAAUGGGUUAAUCCUUAUAACUUUUACUUUUGCUGGAAUAUAAAUCAUAAUUUUGUAGUACUUGAUUUUAACUAUUAAGGUCCUGAUACUGUCCUUCUUGCUUAAGCUUAAGUUAACACAAAUAUAGGAUUUCAUUUAAAUAAUAAUGAUUGUACAUAUAAUUAAUGUAUUGAGUUGGUUAUGUUUGGUUUAUAAGAUUAUGUUAUGAGUAAGACAAUUACAGUUUAAUGGUAUAUCAAUGAUUUAUUAAAUCCCUGUACUGAUUGGGCAGAUUUUAGAUGGAAAGGGAUACAUAGAUGGACUAUGUGUUUUGAUUAAAAUAGGAGUUGCUUAUAAAAUGGUUGGAAUACAAACUAAAUUCUUAAAUUUAGAAUAACAUUUUAAGGAGUUUAAAUUCCUUUGGAUAGAAAUUAUUGGUGGGUUCAUAUGAAACUAUAUGAGAAUGUACUCUAUGAGAGGUAUGCAGGAGGAUGUGCUCAUAGAGGUUGGGAAUUCAUGUGUUAAAAUGACGAAUGGGUAAAUAAUUUUAACAUAGGAACUAAUUUAGCUGUAAAUCUAUUAUCAUUAUCUUAUAACUCAAUUACAGAAGUAGACUUCACCAUUACUUCUAUAUAUGAGUCUAUAGGUUUAGAUAUUAAUGUUAAUAGAAUACUUAUUAUGGAAUUGAGUGGCUAAGAUUGGCUUGAUAACCCAAUUUAUGGUACAUAAUAUGAUCUAUAAGAAAUUAACUGUGCGUGUGGAGUGAAUACAUUAGUUUUAAGCCCACAAAUAUGUGUAAAAAGAAAUAGAAGAACUGUGGUUGGGAGGAUUUAUGAUCCAGUUGUUCUUUUUUAUUUUUCAGCACCUAAAGGGUCAACUGUGAGGUGCUCUGUCCCAGAAAUUAUAAUUGAACCUUAAGCUGCUGCACCUAGAUCAAGAAAAUUAAAGUUCAAGAUAAUUCGUCCAUCUCUUUAUGAAUGGUAUGGUAAAAAUGGUGAAUAAUUUAAUUCAAGAGUAAAAUCUGAAUACUAAUUUACUCCAAUUCCAAAUACUUCUACUUCUGAUUUAAAUUUGCAAUACGAUCCCCCUGUAUUUUACUAAGAUAGAACAACUACUGAAUUAUUUCUAGGGUACUAUGACUUACAAAUUUCUAACAUAAAAAAUUUAAACACUCCAUAUGUUUAUGUAAGACAUUCUGAAAUUGGUCCACUUAUGACAACCGAACUUUGUGAAGAUAAAGGUCUUUGGGAUCCUAACUAUACUAAAGUUUACAAUUAACAUACAAAGGUAUUGAUAUGUAGAAGAAUAACCUCUACAGCAACAAAUGCUGUAAUCGGAGCUGGCAAGAAUUUAUACUUCGAGUAAUGGAAAUCUCAAAAAACUACUGAUUAUUAGUAUUAUGUAUUUGUUUAUCAAUCAACAGAGCUAAAAUAACAAUAGUCAUCAGCCUUAAUAGCAAAUAAUUUGUUUUAACCUAUAAAAACUUCAAAUUUUAUAAUAGAUCAUUUCUUCUAUUCUUAUAACAAAUCUUCAGAUCAAUCAAUAAUAGCAAUCUAAAUAGGUUUAAGGGGAUUUUUAUGGAGAGAAACAAGAGAUGGAGGAAGAGUAGAAAUCUAUUUAUUAAGAUCACAAGUUACUGGAAUUACACCAGCAUGUACAGCAAGAAUUGAAAAAGAAUUUUAACAUGUGUUAUGGUGUUACGUAGAUAAUAGAAAUAUUGAUUAUUGGAUAAUAGUUGUACACAAUUUAUUCACUUAAAUACAAACAAACAAUUAUUUGAAUGUUUAUUUCUCUAUGAUAAACCCUUCUGGAGCUACAAAUAGAUCAGUUCAAUACAUCGUCAAAUUUUAUUACAACUAUAAAUCUGAUAGUGAUUAUUAAGUAUAAAUAUAAGAUUCAUUUACUCAAUCUAACUUCGAUUUCUCAGAGUAUGAUAAAGGAUAUAUAAGAAUUACCAAUUCUAUGUCCCAUUUUUAUGGUUUUAAACCAAAGGUUUUUAUAGAUAGAAGAUAUGAAUAAAGAUUUUAUGCUAAAAUUAUGUCACCUAAAGUAUAUCUUGAAAGAAUAGACUUUUAUACAAAUGAAUUGUGUGUAGAACCAGGAUUUGACUGUAAUUUCUUAUUAGAUGUUAGAGUGAGAGAAUAUGACACAAGUCUUCUAUAAAGAUAUCAAGAAAUUGAAGUUAGAGGCAGAUCUUGGAUAGGUGCUGGGUUUAUAGUUUAAUAGCCACCUUACAGAGUAUAUAAUCAAGGUUCAAAGUUAGAAUUUAUAAUUUCAACUAGAAGAACAAAUUCCCAUAUUGGUUUAUGGAAAUAAACGAAUGAAAAUAGAAAUGGCCAUAUGUUUGUCUAUGAUACUGCUGAUGAUAUAAAAACAAUAAAAUGUAAUGAACAUUAGUCUAAUACAAAAUAUAAUGACUUCUCAACAAAUAAAUAAACUGAUGAACUUAGGCUUUAAUAUUUCUAUUUCACAAACCAAAUACAUAAUUAACUUACUUCGUUUGUAAUUGGAAUGUUAGUUAAAAGUGGUAGUACUAUUGAUUACCCUAGAAUAUAUUUUGAAUUGAAAUUUCCUAUUUUGAAAGUAGCUAACAUUCCUGGAGCUAUCCAUGGUAAUUCCAUCCCUUGCUAGAUUUCACUAGUUCUAGAAGCUUAAAAUCCAAAUAGAAUCAAUUCAGCUAGGUGUAGAGUUUUUGAUAUUAAUACCAAAUCUUAUUAAGGUCUUAUGGUAAGAAUAGAAGAAGUAAAUUAAUUUAGCCCUUAAUCAGUUUUAACUUUUGCUUUUGAUGAUUGGCUUUUACCUGACUCUACUAAUGGUUAUACUCCUAUUGAUAUUGAAUUUAAUUUAUAUAGAGCAAGUUCACCUACUUCUGGUUCUCUUGAUUACUCUAGGUACUUUCUUCUCUUAAAAGAAAUGAUUUUAGUAGAUGGAAUGAAUCCUUUAAUUUGGGAUAACGCAGCAAUAACUCCAAUUUAAUUAAAACCUCCUAAUAGCUAUGUCUAUGGGAAAAGAAAUGUUGAAUAUAACGAUAACAUAAUUAAUCCUUGGCCUAAAUAAACUGUAGGGUAUUUUGAUACUUGGGGAUAAUAAAAUACCGCAGGAUAAAAGAUGAGAUUAAUAUUUACAAAUGGCUUUAUUGGAGGAGAUAAUACUCCAGAUUCGUUGAAUUAUUAUGAUGGUUUUGGACAGCUUCAAUUACUUUGGUUUAAUAGAAAAACCAGAUCUGCUUACAUAUCUGCUCCUAAAAGAGAUAUUAAUAAUUCCAUCAAUUUUUCUAUUAAAAAUGCUGUUAAUCCUUAUCCAUAUCAAAAAGAUGCUUGGAAUUCAAAUGGAAAAAUAAAUUACUAAUUAUACAUGGGAUAAUAUUGGAAUUUUGCAGGAGAUGGGUUUAGAUAAACUAAUCUAGGUGUAAUAGAAUUAUCAUCUAAUGCGCAAUGGUCUUAAUUCAUAAAAGAUCUUCCUACUAUCAAUAUAGAUCUUAGCUAAUCACAUUUAAUUGAUGUUAUUCCUAAAUAUAAUUAUGCAUCUAAUUAGAGUAUAACUAUGAGAUUCAGAAUAACACAUUAAAUAAGUAAAGCUGAAAGAGUAAAAAGACAAUUAACUAAUGUUGUUUUUGAUUUUACAUAAGGAGUUAAGGUUAUUCAUAAAUGCUUCAUAUAAAGUGAAGGUCAGAAAUAAAAUAUAUUUAUUUCUAGAUAUGCUGAUUGCUAAAUAGGAUUUUCCAAUAAUAGAUAUAAUGCUUAAUUAAUAGGAAUAGCGAAUUGGGAAGAUACUGCUCCUUACUAAAUGUUUUUAUAAAUGUAAAUUGACAAAGAUACUAUUGCUUACACCAUAUCAACCUAUACUUAAAAUGGCUAGGUUGAAUAUUUCAAAUAAGUUACUGUUCCUUCUAAUUAGUUUAGUAAAGAUCAUUAUACUUUUAAUUAUUUUAGAUUUAUUGAAGGAAAAUAUAUUUCUGGAUAUCAUGAGAUAGCAUAAAGAAAUAUUUAUACUAAUAGUGCUAUAAGCACUACUUAAAGGUUAAGAUUUAGGUUUGUUCUAGAUGUAGCACUCAAUUAUAAAUAAACUAAAACAUUUGUUGAUCCUAUGACUAACGCAGAUUAUUUACAGAUUAAGCUACCACCAUUGCUAACUAAUGGCUAUAUUCAAAGAGAUCCAAAUCAAUGGCUCAUGUGCUAUUUUGUUCCUGAAAUAUCCACUUAUGAUAAAUUAGCACUACCUUUAUAUUCUAAAUGUAAAAUUGAUACUAGUGGAAAUACAUAUUUUUAUAUACUUACAGCUCCUAGAGAUAUUUUAGUAAAUGGUAGAGCUUAUGUAAUUCACAUUACUGAGAAGAGAAUUUAAGGUGCUUCAUUUAUUCUUCCUCAAAUUCCUUAAAGAUCUGAAUUUAUUUGGUAUUGUUAUAGUCCUUUUGAUACUGCAACACCAUCUUAUGAUACAUUUAUUACAAGAAUAACAAACAGAUUUUUGAAAGCUAAAAUCAAUCACUUAACUACAACUUCAGAAGAUUAUGAUGUUGCUGAAAUUACUUUUAUCCCUUCAGUACCUCUCAGUCAAAAGUAAGAGUCUUAUUUCUUAGUUGAAAUAGAUAGCAAUUAUUUCUAAAAAAUGGGUUUAAAUUAUGAAGAUUUUGAUAUAAUUAAUUCAUACAAAAGAGAUGGAUUACCUGAAUUUAUUAAUGGAUAUGAUCAUUCUUAUUUAAUUGAACCUCCAUUUUAAAAUGGAUUUUCUUUAGUUAAUUUUGGUUAGCAUAGUAAUUUUUAUGCAAAUAUUAUGAUCAAUCAUGUUUAUGGAUAGGAUUUGAAUGCAGGUAAAUAAUAUGUUUUCAAAAUUCCUAUGAUUAAAAAUCCUAAAAACUAACACAUUUCUCUUUCUUACAAAAUUUCAACAGUUUAUAUAAGCAAUUAAGAUAUGAGAAAAUAAAUUUUAGAUGAAUUUUGGUUCAUUAAUCAUGCAUAUGUUGACACAGUACACACUGAUAUGACAAGUAUUAACUUUAAAAUGAAUUCAAUAAAUGAUUAUGUAAUGUAAAACACUAUGGAUUUAAGCGUAUAGUUUAAUUAUAAUAUUGGUCCGCCUUAAAGAAUUCUAUUAAAAUGGGAUAAUAAUAAUGAUAAAGCAAUUGAUAGAACACAAUUAAUGACUAUUUAAAUAUCUGGAUGUAAAGUUGAAGUAUUUGAUAAAAUUUAUUUGAUUAUGGUAACUCCUUUAAGCUAUUAGCAAUAAGCAUGGUCUAUAAUGAGUUUGGGAACUAAUUUUAAAUCUAAUACUUAUGCAGUUUAAUAUGGAUUUUGGUUUACAUAUAUUACUAAUAAAUCAUUAACUUAAUAUUAUCAUAAUCCUCAACAGUAAUGGCUCAGACCUUUGGAAGAUCUUACUCCAAAAAUAUUUGCUCAAAAAGUAGGAUACUAAACAAUAAAUAGUGUUUGCCUUUACAGAUUAGUUAUUUCUACACCAAAUCAAGUACCUAUUGGAGGAUAUAUAGAAAUUAAUCUUUCUAACGAGCUAGAUGGAUACGAGCCAUAUUGUUAUACAUACACAACUUUUAAUUUAAUUGACUCUACAAACCCUAAGUAAGUAAAAUAUGGACCUCUUGAAUGUCAAAUGAAAAAUUCCAAACAAUAUAUAAUAAAAGGAUUUGAUAGCUUCACAUCUCCAACAAAUAUAAAUGUAGACUUAUAUCUUAAAAAUGUGAAUAGUGGAGCUGUGGUUAAUCUUUAAAAUGUAAUAAUGUAUGGAACAUAAAAUUCUCAAAACAUAAUAGCCAUUUCUAAGCCAGUUCCCUAAGUAACAAUUCUAUCUAGCAAUCCAGGAAUGAUCUAAUUUGAAAUAUUAGACAGAGUUAGUUACCCUAUUUAUGCAAAAGAGUGGUAGAAAUUAGACUUUGUUUUUACUUUGAGAUCAAAUAAUUUAAUCAUUAAUUAAAACUACAAAUUGAAGUUCAACCUUCCUGCUGGUUGGAUAAGUGCAAUCGGAUCAAGACUUUAGCUAAAGGGCAGAUAUAAAAGAAAUGAUCCAUCUAUCAUGCCAUUUGAUACUUAUCCUUCACCUCCAUAUAAAUACAAAGAUUGGACUACCUCGAAGUUUAGCAUAGAAGGAGAUAAGCUAGUUUUUGAUAUUAAUGUAGAUGACCCUUUAUUAAGCCAUUAUUCAAUUAAUUAAUAAAUUGAAUAUAUAUUUUCAAUAGACUCUUAGAGAGCUGAUAUUGCUUUCUAAGAAGGCCUUUUAAAUUUAGAUCGAGGUUUAUAUAAUUUUUAUUUGGAAGCAUUCUAAAACAACAAGCUUCUUGAGAGAACUUAUAAUGAAUACUAUGUAAAGCCUAGAGAAGAUGUAUCUGAUACAUUCAGGGUUCAAGUUUUAAAUACAGGUGCAGCAUAAAAGACAGCAAUUAGAUUUAGUUUUACAAUGAAUUAUGAUAAAGCUGUUCAGGGUGAUGAAAUUUGGAUUGAAUUCUAAACAUUUGAUAGAUUAAAAAAUGUUUUUAAAAUUGAUCUUGGAUUAGGUUUUAGUGAUAUUUCAGCUUAAAUAGGUUGCUCAGAGAGAUUUGGAUUUAAUAAAAUAUCAAAGCAAAGAAUUCUUUGUUAUGUUUUUAAAGGAAAUUAAAAUUUGUUAGCACCAUAAAGAGGAACUCCUGUAAUUAUUAAAAUUCCAAUAUAAAAAGUUAUUCCUAGCACAGAAUUAGUUGAUUUUUGGAUAGCUUAUGUAGAAAAUCCUAUAAUUGUUGGAUAAGUUGCUGGUAUUAAAUUGAGUGUUAGAAGAGAUUGUAGAGAUGAUAGCCCACACUUUAAUUGUAUCCUUUAUCAUGCUGAACAUUAAUAUUAUAUAACAGAACCUCUACCUGUUAGCUAGUAUUCAAUAAAUGGAGCUUUCUCAGCUAACUCUAAUAUUGUAACUCUUAAAGCUUCUCACACGUUCACUAUUAAAUCAUCUAUUGACAUAUAGUCUAAUUAAUACAUUCUAAUUUAAUACCCUUCAAAUCAUAAAAAUAAAAAUACAUGCUCAUCAUAGGUUGGAGAGUGCAUUGAAUUUUCAGAAUAUAAUUGGGUUUUAUUUAAACCAAGUGCUUUAAUCAAAGCUGGAUUAGAUACCUCUAUACAGCUGGAUAAUAUGAUAAAUGGGUGGCAUAGAAGAAACCCUUCACCAGAUAACUAUUUCCUUCUUUAAGUGUUUGAUAAUAAUGGAAAUAUAGUUUAACCUUACAAAAUUACACAUAACUACUAUGAUUACUAUAUUAUAAAUAUCAAUGGUCAGAUUAUGAAUACUUAAACUUAUGACCCUAAGUAUCGUGUAGUUACAGUUUUCCUCAAAGAAAAUUUUAUGAAUUUAGCCUAAUUAGAUGUAAUGAAUAUGGAUAUUGAAUAAGAAAUUAACUAUUUUAGAUUAGAUAAACCAAAAGAAAUUUCUAAAUUUGACUUUAAUUACUGUAACGCUACUUUAACUUUGAUACCUGAGACUUUAAGACUUCCUUAUCCCCUUAGAUAUGAUUGUGAAGUUCAUGAUCAAUAUAUACUCCUUAUUAGGACAAAAUAUUUCUUACCAUGGAAUUCUUCUUUUAACAAAUUCAACUUAAGAAUUUACUUUAAAUUCAUUAUUGAUGAUAAAAUACCUCCUAAUAGUGGGGUCUCUCCUGGAUCAGCUAGUCCUUUCAUACUCUAUGGAUGUAUAGCUCGUUGUGAUGAUCCCUUUGAUUCUAAAAAUAAUUAGCCCUGGUCUCAUGUAACUAAAUCGAAUAUUCCUUGGGAUAUAUCAUAUUACUAAUAGCCUAAUCUAAAUACUGCAGGAUUCUACACUGAAUCCUUUUAUUAAAGGCAGGCUCAAAUAGAUGAAAAAGUAAGCUUAUAGAUGCUUAUUUAACCAAAUACAAUUUGUGAUGUCAAUUAGUUAGUGUUCACUGUACCUGAUGAGUUCAUAUACCCAUCCACUUAAAUGUUAGAUAAAUGUACAAUAUAAGGUGUCAAACCCGUUUCUAUAGAUUUAUGUUCUGUAUCAAGAAGAUAAGGUUAAACAUAAGUGAAAAUAAUUUUAAAAGAAAAAUUAGGAGAUUUAGCUAAAAUAGUAACAAUCAGCGAUAAAAAUGGAAAUUAGCUUUUUGUAGCUCCUCCAUAUCCAGGUACAUUCUAUCCAAUAAAAUUAGAUAUGUAUUGCAAUUCAAAGCUUGCUGAAACUUAAUUCACUAACUUCACUAAUGUAAGAGGUGAAAAUUUAGAUGUAAACUAUUUGAAGGUAAUCAAUUCUUUAGAUGAACUAACUCCAUAGCUUUAUGAAUUUCAAUUUAAAACGGGAAAACAUGUUAUUCCUCUUGGUUACCAAAGAACUGUUUAGGGUUAACUCUCUUAAGGAGUUUACUCAACUAUUAAUAUUGUAUUUGAAUGGAUAGGUGAUGGUUAUACUGUACAUCCUGGUUAUGCAAGUGAUUUAGGUAUGAAUAUUUCAGACAACUCAGAAGUUGGUUGUGCUAUAAAAACUGGAUUAACCCUAUCUUAAGGAAGCAAACUAAACUGUAUAUUAAGUUUAGGAAAAGGACCUGAAAAGAUGCCUUAAAUUUCAAUAUCUAAUUAUGAGUAAAUACCUGCUAACACUCAGAUAUCAAUAUUAAUUACUAACAUCCAAUCUAUAUCAGCUAGCUUACUAACUACAGUUAAAAUUGGUGUAAUAAUCAAGAAUCCUAAAUUUAACUCAGAUGCAUAUUUUUAUAAUUUAGUUGCAUAUAUUCCUGAUAAAACAAGUGCCUUAAAUUCACCAAUAACAUCCUCAAAUAGUGAUGUUAUUGUGACAGGAAAUAGCUAAAUUCAUUCAUCAUCAAACUAUCAAUUCACAUUUAAUUUAGGAAAAAGAGUCCUAAAGGUUACAGAUUACUUUGGUAUAUAGUUUCCUGAAAAUUUUAUUAACACUUUAAUAUACGAUACUUCAGCUAUAAAUUGCGGAUCUACUUGUAGCUUUAUUUAUGUUUUCCCAGCUACAAGUAUGGUAUAUCUUUAGCCUAAAACAAAUUUAGAUGCUGAUAGUAAAGUUAUUUUUUAAAUUAAUGGAAUUCCCAACCCAAAUUAUGCUAUAAGAGGAUUAGUCUAAAUAUAAUAGUUUACAUUCAUUGAUAGAAAAAUAGAUAGCAAGUACGUCACUUAAUUUUCAGCUAAUUUUGCUCCUUCUUCUUUAUUCUAAAGUGCUAAUGUUGAAAUUUCUUCUCAAACUGGAGGUGAAACCAAUGUUUAAUAUACCUUCUAGUUCUAAUUAGGACAUACAAUUCCAGCUGAUGGAGCUAUUUCUAUUGAUUUCCCAUUAGAUCUUUAUGAUAAUCCUAAAUAAACCUCAGAACCACUCAUAUGUAAAUUGUAAGGAGAUGUUUUUAAUGAAUUCAACUAGUCAGUUUGUAAAUUUGCUGCUCCAAAUAAACUUAGUGUUGCAUUGGUUAAUACUUAAUUACUUCCAAAUUCUGUUUACAAAAUAAUAGUAGAUGGCAUAACAAAUCCUAACAAGAGCUACGAUUAAGCUAACAAGUAAUAAAGCUUUGUAUUUUCAUCUCAUUUCAAUAAUAAUGCUAUUUUAAAUUAAAUCAUUGCAUAAAAAACUGCUAACCCUCCUCCUUUCUAUGUGACAGCUUUGAAAAAAUGUAUUAUCAAAGUUAGCCCUUUCAUCAAAAAUAUUAAGCUAAAAUCUUUUUACUCAUUUUAAUUUUCUUGUAAUGUAUAAAUUAAGAAUAAAAGUAUAGUUGAAAUAAUAUUACCAAUUGAAUAUAGUAUGAAUAAUAAGCUAGAUACAUAUGAUUGCUCAAGCUUUGAAUAAUCCACUCUUUAUACAAAAUAAUGUACUCUUUAGGAGAUAAAAGGAUUAUUAAUAUUGUCUGUUUAACUUAGAGAAAUAAAAAGUUCAUAAUAAUUUACAAUAAAUUUAAAUUUAUUUAAUCCUAGUAUAGCAAAUAGUAAUUAUAUCUUCUCAGCUUAAUUCAAAUUGCAAAAUCAAUAUUUUGCAAAUACUUAAAACACAGGAACAAAUUUCGCAAGCAUUUUUGAUUUUCCAAAAUUAAUAUUUGCAAAAAACCAAGACAGUCAUACAUAAAUAAAAUUGUAAAAUGUGCCAAUAAAUGCAGCUGAGCCAGCUUUUUAUAUUUUUAAGACUCCAAGUUUAAAAAAUAUGAUACAGAUUUAAGAGAUAUCAAUAACAUUCCCUAAUCAUUUUUCAAAAAACCUAGGAGAUAAUCUAAAAUGCUAUAUAUAUUAUUCAAAUAAUGAGACACAUAGAUUUUCAAUACACGAUAUUCUAAAAUUAAAAGCAAAGCAAAUUAGUGGAUAUUAAAAUUUUAUUUAAUUGCCUUGCUCAAUAAGUUAUGAUUUUACAAUAACCCUCUCAAGCGUUGGAAGCUUUUAUAAUUAAAGCUUAUUUGAAUGGAACUACAUAAUGGUUUAAAAUGUUUAUAAUCCUGGAAAAUUCUAUUUAGACACUUACAAAAUUAUUCACUCAAGUGAUUAAGUUGCUUCUUGGGUUUUUGAAGAUUAUUUAUACUAUGAGAUUAGCGAUAUUGCUAAAUAGCUUGAUAUUAAAAAUAUAGAAUCUAAGAUAAAUAGUACAACUGUUCUAUCACCUUACAUUUUUGAAAUUUACACUCUUUAGUAACUAAAAAAGAAUACAGUUACAGCUAUAAUGAUAGAUUUACCAGAUUAAUAUGAUACUUCUCUUUAACCUUAAGAUAUUUCUUGUUACGGCUCAAUAAGUUAAACAAUUAAAACAAACUGUAAGCUGUACAAUAAUAUAAUACUCUCUUGGUCAGAGAUUACUAAAGUUGAGAAUAUUUUCCAUUACCUAUAUAUAGAAUCGCUUAUAAAUCCAUCAAUUAAAGAUCCUUGCACUGAUAAAUAGUUUAAAAAUUCAAAUUUCAAAAUAUCUAUACUUGAUUUAUCAACAAAUGAAAUUCUAGCAACUUCAAAACCUAAUAAAUAAACAUGCUUAAAAUACACAAAAGAUUUUCUUUAUAUAAAAAUUAAUGGACCUAAUAAAUUAGUUAAAGGACUUUCAUAUUCGUUUAAGGUGGAAAUUGAGAGACCAGCAAAUGUAUUAAAGCUAAUUCCCAAAUAUAACAAUUUGUAUUUUGAUUUGAUACCUAAUAUUUUGGUGUUUAAAGACUUUGACCUGCCAUCAGAGAUAAACUUCAAAAUUUUAGUUAAAGAAAAUGCUUAACUUGGCGCACAAUCUAUAAAUUUCGAUAAGAUAGAAACAAUCGAAGAUUCAUCAUUCAAAUCAGGAGAUUAAUACCAAUUACCCCCAAUAUUAAAAUUUGAUAUUGUUGAAAAUUAGUCUAUUGACUAAACACUAAAAUAUGUUUUCAUUGAAGAUUUUAAAGCUAAUUCUGUUGGAGGUAUAGUCACUGCAUUUAUAAAUGUCCCAGAGCCUCCAGCCUAAAAUAUGUAUCUUAAUAUAGAUAUUACAAAUUCUAAAAAUAUUAAAGUAUAACCGUCUAAGAUUUUGAUAACUCAUCAAGAAAAAAAUUAUAAUUUCACAAUCUAAUAUUUAUCAGAACAAGUAACUGUGCCUAUACCAUUUUACUUUUCUUUAUAGUCAAAUUAAAAAGUUAUGCAUUAACUUUUUCCUUCAGUUAAGUAUUUGGUUAUUACUAGUAACAAUUAGCACUCAAAAAACAAAAUAGCAAAAUUAGAAUUCAUGAAUAACAUUCCUCAUGAAAACUACUACAAAAUUCAUUUGGGAAAAAGUAUUGACACUAAUUUAAUUUAAACAAGUGAGCUUUAACCUGAAAUAUUGUCUAUAAAAAUUGCAUCUCUGUAAUAAAAUAAAGCAAUUUUAUAUGUAAUUACAAGUUAGCCUGGAUCAAUAAAGUAUUUAAUUACUUAUAAAAAUUCCAAACCUCCACUUUCAGCUUAAGAGGUGUUCUCUUUUAAUUAUUCAGAAGGAAUAAUUAUCAAAAAGGGUGAAGGUCAUACUAAAUAAUACUUCACUGAAGCUACAGAUUUUACAGCAGAAAUAAAAAUUGAAGAAUUGAAUUAUUCUACAUCUUACUAAAUUUAUGCAGUUUGUAAUAAUGGGAUGGGAAUAUCGAAGAUAAAAAGCGCUAAUUUUACUACUUCUUAUUUAUAAGCAGGAACUAUUUUCCAUGUAACUCUAUCUAAUAAUUUAAAUUCUUAAGAUUUAAUUAAAUAACUUUCAUAAGCCCUUAGAAUAAAGCAAAAUGAUAUGGCUUUAUUAACAUCAAAAUAAAUAAUUAAUAAUUAAGGAGAAAGGUUAAAGAAUGAUUUAUUCUCUUUUGAAAUAGCUAUUGCUCCUCAGUCUAAUGGAUUUAAUAUCAAUGAAUACCUUUAAAAUAUUACUCAAAGUAACCCAGAAACCUUCAUAAGAUUAAUGAAAAACUAUGUAUAAGGAUUUGAAACAUAUAGAGUAGAACCCUUUUCAAGAAAGUAUAUGAAUGGAAUGACUAAAAUCACUGAUCUAAAACCAAAAAUAGAAAGCGUCAGUUUUUACUCAGCAAACAUUACUGUAAGAUUGUGGGAAGAAUCAAUAAUUUAUGCAGUAGUGCUGGAAGAUUAAAAUAACUUAAAUAUUACUUUACUUUCUUAACAAAUAAUUUUAGGCUUUGAUUAACAUAAUAAUCCAGUAAAAGAAUUUUGGUCAGCAAAGUCUUAUUCAAACUCAAGCAACUACAAUUAAGCAAAUCUACAUUUCGAUAAUUUAAAUGACGGUAAAAAUUAUACAGUAUACAUGACUGCAACUAAUGUAAUGCCUUACCCUGAAUAACUAAAAUACUUACCUUUAUAAGAUAAUCAUGUGAUGACAUUUAAGUUUUUUACUCCAUUCAAUUAUAAUUUAGAUAACUGUCUUAUGGUUGACUAUUUAAAGGACGUAAAUGCAGGUCUUUCAUAAAUAAUAGAAAAAAGAUAUGAAACAGAAAAGCAAUUUGGAUUUUGUAAAUCUGUGAAAAAAUUUACUAACUCUACUUAAUAAUUGAUUGGAUAAUUCAACUAUUGA